AUGUCGGAAGAGCCUCGAGGGCGUAAGCGCUUUUCUAGUUCGGGAAGGAGAUCUGAGACUAGGAAAGAACCUGCAGUGGUACCCGCGAUACCUGGUCCGAGUGCCUUGCCAGAAGCGGCUUAUCAGCAAUACUCUAUCCCCCAGCAGCACAGAACCAUGGCAAGGAAUGGUCCGCGCAGAGCGGUAGAGCCAACUCACAAACCGAGUGACAAAGACGUGAAAAGACAAAUCAAGGUCUGCUCGGACAGAUUCAAAAUCUGGACGGAAGUCACCGCAACCUUUGUCGACGAUCUGAUGGAAGCAUGGAUCUCCAAGGAAAUGGUUAAGGAAUUAGACCUUGAGGCUAUUCCACGAUCUCCAGGAGACCCAGAAUGGGGACUUUUGGGGAGGCGAUCGGUUCCGUUGGAGGGCACAACUGAGCUGCAGUGGUAUCCAAAGGACUGUAGGAGAGUGAAGGAUACGACUUGUCGUAUUGUUGAUAGCAAGGACUUUGGAAUUUAUCUCCACUCACGCUUGCUUCCAGCGAGCCCUGUGUCGGUAAAUACGUCCAUUGCGAUUGAAUCUCGCUCAAUUCCGGAGCCAAUUCCAAGCCUGCCAGUCUCCCCUCCGAGGAAAAUUGCGACUGCUGAUAAUGUCCCGUUUCCAGAAAAGGCUUCGGAUACUGACACAGUGAUAUGGAGAGGUGAGAGUGAUCAGGAGGCUAGCGCCGCGUCAAUAGGGUCCUUUGAUGGUCUACCAGAGAGUAUCAGUGAAACAUCAGAUGAAGCCAAAUAUGCAGAUAAUUGGAUGGCUCUUCUCAAAACGAAGUUUCACAAUCAUUUCCAAAAGAAAUCAGAUAUUGUGCACGAUUCUGUGAAAAUAGCAGUCCUGGAUACUGGUCUUGACACGACGAUACCUACCUUGAAAGGCGCCAUUAACCAAAAACGAAUAAAAGUUGUGAAGAGCUUUGUUGCCGGAGAUCCAGACACAGCCGAUGAGUUUGGUCAUGGUACUCAUGUUGCAUCUCUUCUAUUGAAAGUUGCACCACGUGCCCAAGUGUUUGUGUUGAAAAUAGCAAAGACAGACGAAAUCUUGUCAACCAAAAGUGUAGCUGAUGCAAUUAACCACGCUGCGAACGAGCUCCGGGUGGAUAUCAUCACCAUGUCAUUUGGACUUGACAAGGAAAUCGCCGAAGUGCAAGCCGCAAUACGCAAUGCCUUCUACAAGAAUAUCCUCAUGUUUGCCGCAGCUUCAAACAGCGGAGGAAACCUUGAGGUCAAGUACCCCGCCAGAAAGGACGAGGUGAUAUGCGUGUAUGCGACCGAUGGUUCAGGAAACCCUUUCACGAGGAACCCUAACAUUAUGCCAAAUACUAGUUUUCACUUCGCAACGCUAGGAGUAGGGGUGAAGUCCUCAUGGCCAAAGAAACCGGGCGAGGCGUCUGAACGAAGACAGACGGGAACUUCGUUUGCGACGCCAAUCGUGGCUGGGAUUGCGGCCUGUAUCAUUGAGUUUGCGACCGUACAGGAUCUUCCAGAAGAACUUUUGGCAGUAUUGAAGACGCGACAGGGGAUGCAGAAGACGCUUCUUAAACUCAUGGUGGAUGAUACUCCGCGGUCUGGAUUCCAUUAUGUUCAUCCUUGGAAGAUGUUCGCUAAUGAUCGUUCUGAGGAAUCGGUUUUGUAUGCAAUGAGGGACAUUCUGGGUAGUUAG